AUCUGAUAUUGAUAUUCAUAUUUACAUUCCCUAAUAAUCAUUUUCCAUGAGUGCUGAAGAAUUCCUCGCGGACGCUGAGGGCGGCAAGUUGCCAGUAGACUGCUACGAUCGCGUGUUACAGAUAGCAUUCAUCUAUAUGGAUGAGGGGCUGUGGAAGGGCAACGGCGUAUUUGAUGUCGUAGAAAAGCUACACGCACGCGGGUGGUCGUUCGGCGAAGGGGAGUUGAAGUUUAAUCGCACCCUAGAUAUAUUCUACCUCGCCCAGCUCGUAGCGGCCAUCUACCGCUCCUCCUCCCAACUCAACGGCGACUUCCCCUCCCCCUCUGACUUCCCCGCCUUCUACGCUACGCACCGCGCCCUCCUCUACCCCUCCGCAUGGCGCUCCUACUACUCCGCCACCUUCCUCACACAGCGCACAUCAGCCCGCUUCUACCGCCUGCCCGACCUCCAAGACCUGCCCGACUCCUCCUCCCCGCUAGGGCAGCCGCGCCAGCGACCCCCCCUGACCGCCGCCGGCGCACACGCCACGAAACUCCCCCGCUGGGCCCACAGCGUCGCGCGCACGCGCCGCAGACAGCCCUCCCUCCCGCUACCGACUUUCACCCGGCUAGCCCUCAGCACGCUUGAGGCGACCACCGCGCGCCUGCGCGCGGUCCACCCAAGCGUGCUGCCCUACUCCGAGACGCAGGCGCGCUUCUGGCUCGAGCACAUGAAGCUCGGUGCGCCCAGACCGUCUGGCUCGGCCAAGGAAGCGUGGAAGCCGAAUGGCUUCGGUGUGCUGGUCGCGCAGGGCGCGUUCGAUGUGUGUGCGUGGGAAGGGAAGUACUCGGCGCAGCUGUGGGAGGCGAGUGGGGAGGGGAGGGAGGUCGCGGAGCCGGAUUUGGAUGGCGUGUGGGAGAGCGAGGUGCAGUGGUGUGGGUUGCCGGAUGGUGGGAUCGGGGUGCAGGCGUGGUGGAGGGGGUGGGAGGGGGAGGUGGGGAGUGAGGAGGAGGUGGAGUUUUUGGCUGCUGUUGCGGUGGAGGAGACAGUGGGGGUGGAGGUUGGUGAGUUGGACUUUGCGGUGCGGUCGCAUGUGUUUUUGGGGGUGAUGCGGGGUGCGGUUGAGGGGGUGCAGGAGAGAGAAGUUUUUCUGGAGGAAUUGAAGAGGGGAAUGGUGGCGAAGGGGAGGAUUGCGGAGGAAAGGGCAGGGAGGUGGCUAAGGGAGGCCCUGGCGGUCGUGGAGCCGUAUGUGAGGACGUGGGAGGGUGCGUGGCCUGGUGCGGAGGAGAGGGAAAAGGUGCUACAGCGGAUCUUGGUGGAGAAUGGGCAGCUCUUCGCGAGAUGGAAGGUCUCACCGCUCUUGAACGAGUUUAACUUUGAGCUAGGUGCGAGGGAGUAG